ACGAACGAUCUCCGCGAAGAGAUCCUAAGUGCAAGGUUAUUUGACAUGAAGCGUACAAAAAAUCAACAAGAAAGGAGUGAGGUGCGCAGGCAACAAAUAGGGACUGGCGACAGAUCGGAAAAGAUUAGAACUUACAACUAUGCUCAGAACCGUGUCACAGAUCAUCGAACCAACUUAACAUUACAUGAUCUGGUCAACGUGUUGAACGGAGAAUCCCUUCAAAUCAUCAUUGAUGACCUUAAAAUAUUCUAUCAAUCUGAAGCCUUACAAAAUGAAGAAUAA